CUUGUUGGUAUCCAACUGGGGUUAGCACAGCACUGGCCAUCCCUAUGACAGAAGUCACAGAAAGUCGUCGGGAGCCUGCGUGCUGCGUGGGUUUCCACGGUGCUGUUUCCACCGUCUGCGGCACAGCGGCGCUGCGCCACUCCGCCUGCCCGCCUGCUCAUGGACCUUCCACAGCAACUUGAUACCGGAGACGAGUGGUCCAGACAAGCCUGCAAACGAGGCGUUCCCAGCCGCCCUGAUCACACCGAAAGAUAUCCAUCUCCUCCCUCCACCGUCUGUCAGCGCCGGAGGAAGGAUUUUCAUCCACCGCACACCAGAAUAGCUCACUUAUGGCGCCGAUUCCUCGUGGAUUUGUUAUUCUUGAAUACCAAUGAUCGUGAAAUGAGACGGGACGCGCACAACUAACUGGUUAGCUAGAUGGCUACCGUCGGCUAGCCCCGAUAACAGUCAUCUACAGCCGACUCGAGCAAUUUGGCUAUGGUUUUAUUAGCCAAAUCCGCGACUCCGUUGACAUAAAAGUGGACUGUUUUGCAAAGUAUACAGCUGGCAAUGAUUGGUAUUUUGAAUAACUAGUUGUACGGUGAUUAUUGUCGCGAUAAUUAACCUCUUUGCCUAAGUUUUAUAGUGCCAGACAGUCGGCUUAGUCAGCUAGCAUGUCAGCUAGCAGGUAUGGACGUUGUUCGCUGUCUAGUUACAGAUGGCAGAUCCGCCGAACAAGUUAGCCGCUCGGGUUAUUUGUCCGGUCUGCGGUGGAGUCGAAAUCGGGACUAACGUAACUUUAGUCGGCAAUCAUUGUUCAUUGUCAACAUUCUUUCGUCGAAAGAAACCAAAACACCAGCACCCCCAAUCCCCCCCACCCCUCCUUUUUUUCGUACAAUUUCUCAAAGUGUUAUUCCACGUCUGUGAGAGUAGUUCAAGUUAUUGAGCUUAUGUGAGAAAAAAAAGGGGGUGUGGGGGGGAAACAAGAGUUGUAUCUUUAGAAAACGAGGACCAAAAAGAGGGGAAAGUAAGAUUCGGAGGAGCCGCAACUACCAAACCAAAGUCGACGUACACUGUCAUGGCUGUGGGCCGAAUUACGAUGAAGUCUCUGACUAAAUUCGGCUUUUGCCUGGCGAUUCUCCUGACUUCAGUCGCUGCUGCACAGGGGGAGGAGAGGGAGUGUGCCUUCACAGACCAGCAGCAGCAGUCAGAAGUGGAGCGACUGGCGGGGGGCGAAGGCCGGGUCUCCCCAGAGAACACCACCAUUCGAUGUGCCAUGGGCAGCCACUGUUUUGGCCUGUGGGAAAAAAGUCCCCCGGGAGAAGUGCGGCUGGUCAAACAGGGUUGCUGGAGUCACCUGGGUGACAACCACGGUUGCCACGACGACCGCUGCGUGGUGACUAACCUGCCUCCGCAGAUGCAGAACGGGACGUACCACUUUUGCUGCUGUGGUAGCGACAUGUGCAAUGUAAACUUCACAGAGGACUUCCCCCCGCCGAACCCGACCACUGCACAGCCCAUCUACCCUGGCACACUGCGCCACGAGGAGACUGUAAUUAUCGCCCUGGCAACAGUCUCCGUGCUGGCCGUGGUUGCUGUAGCAGCCCUCUUUGGUUACCGCAUGAUGCACGGAGAUGGGAAGCAAGGCCUGCACAACCUCAAUAUGAUGGAGGCUGCUGGUUCUGAGAGCUCCCUGGACCUUGACAAUCUGAAACUACUCGAGCUUAUCGGACGAGGCCGAUAUGGCACCGUGUACUGCGGUUCGCUGGACGAGCGGCCCGUUGCCGUCAAGGUGUUCACUGCCGCCAAUCGGCAGAACUUCCUCAACGAAUGCUCCAUCUACCGCCUGCCGCUUCUGGAGCACGACAACAUCGCCCGGUUCGUUGCAGCCGACGAGCGCACCGGCACGGACGGCCGCACGGAGUACCUGCUGGUCAUGGACUACUACCCACAUGGUUCCCUGAGUCGCUACCUCGGCCUCCAGACCAACGACUGGGUCAGCAGCUGCCGGUUGGCUCACUCCGUAACCCGAGGCCUGGCCUACCUGCACACCGAGCUCUUCAAAGGAGACUUGUACAAGCCUGCGGUGUCCCACAGAGACCUGAACAGCCGGAACAUCCUGGUCAAAACCGAUGGCACGUGUGUCAUCAUCGAUUUCGGCCUGUCCAUGAAGCUGACGGGCAACAGGCCGGCGCGUCACGGUGAAGACGAAAAUGCGGCCAUAAGCGAGGUGGGGACGAUCCGCUACAUGGCUCCCGAGGUUCUGGAGGGUGCGGUGAACCUGAGGGACUGUGAGUCAGCUUUGAAGCAGGUGGAUAUGUAUGCCCUGGGCCUGGUCUACUGGGAGACCUUUAUGAGAUGCACCGACCUUUUCCCUGGGGAGUCUGUGCCAGAGUACCAGAUGGCCUUUCAGGCGGAAGCUGGGAACCACCCAACGUUUGAGGACAUGCAGGUCCUGGUAUCCAGAGAGAAGCAACGACCAAAAUUCCCAGAGGCCUGGAAAGAGAAUAGCCUGGCUGUUCGCUCUCUUAAAGAGACUAUGGAGGACUGUUGGGAUCAGGACGCAGAGGCUCGCCUCACGGCUCAGUGUGCUGAGGAGAGGCUGGCAGAGCUGCUCCUCAUAUGGGACCGCUCGAAGUCUGUCAGUCCAACCCUCAACCCCAUGUCCACCACUUUGCACAACGAGAGAAAUCGCAUGACCCCAAAGUCCGGCCCGUACACUGACCAUCCCUCCUCCUACAUCGAGGAGCAGGAGGGUGUAGCUAAGAACACGCAGGUGGACGUGGCUAACUCCAUUAGCGCGAGAGCCGGGGUCGGGACGGGAGAGAGAAACAGAAACUCCAUCAACCAGGAGCGCCAGCAGCAGGCCAACACCCGACUGCCCAGCCCCGAGGGCAGCAGCACCAGCAUGGGCCUCAGGGGCAGCCCCUCAGCCUCCACCACCACCACCACGCUCAUCUCUGAAUCCGAAGGGCCCACGGGGGCCGCCACGGUCCCCGUCUGCCUUCACCUGACCCAGGAGGACCUGGAAACCACCAAGCUCGACCCUAAAGAGGUGGACAAGAACCUGAAGGAGAGCUCCGACGAAAACCUAAUGGAGCACUCCCAGAAGCAGUUCUGUUCUCCUGACCCGCUGAGCCCCGGCAGCUCCAGCCUGCUUUACCCGCUGAUCAAGAUGGCCAGUGAGGUCUCAGGGGCCUCAGACCCCGCUGUGGCUAUGCCAACCGCCAUCUUCCCCCUGCCCAAACAGCAGAACCUGCCAAAGAGGCCGUCCAGUCUGCCCCUGCGCAACAAGCCUGCUAAAAAGGAUUCCUCCUCCUCCUCGCUCAGGUUCAAAUUUGGGCGUUCCGGGAAGUCCAACCUGCGCCAGGUUGAGGGAACCAAGCUGAACACAAACACUGCUGAAACGCACCGGGGCCCGGGCACCAACAACGUACCGGCUCCGAGAGAUGUGCACGCCAACGGCAGCGCCAACGGCGUCCUGAGCGGCCACCCCGGCGCCAGCAUGUCGUCCUCCGCAGCAGGCGGAGCCACGGGUUUCGGCGGGCCGGGCGCCGCCCCGAACGGGCUGGGAGUGGGAGCCCUGAGGCCGGACGACAGCCGGCUGAGCCUGGGCGUGAUCACGGCCAGCCCCGACGAGCACGAGCCCCUCCUGAGUCGGGAGCGCGAGCAGCCCGAGCCGAGGAACGCGGCGCCGAGCGCCGGCGCCCUGCGCUCGGCCCGGCCCAACACCAACAACAACAACAGCAACACGGGCCGCGGCCAGGGGGAAGGCGAGAGCGGGGGAGAGAGCGACGGAGGCGAGGAGGAGGGAAACGGGGAGGCAGGAAGCCGGGACAACCCGGGGAACCCGGGGGAGAGCUCCGGGUCGGGGUGCGUGGCAGCAGACCCCCCCAAGGAGGCGCCGGUCACCAUGAGAGGAGAAGCCCUGCUCCGGCAGCCCAGAGCACGCCGGCCUGAGAGGCCCAACUCCCUGGACCUGUCCUUCACAACGCAGGACCUCACCUCAUUAGGGGAGGGCUUGGUGCAGCCCGACGGCGCCUUGGGGACGGGAGAUAAAAUCAAGAAGCGAGUCAAAACGCCUUACUCUUUAAAGAAGUGGCGGCCCACCACCUGGGUCAUCUCCACGGACAACCGGGGGCCAGAGGUGAACAACAACGGCUCCAACCGCGGCCAGAGUCACAACCAGAGCCGGCCCAAGUCCAGCUCAGCCAUCUACCUGCAGGGGGCGGGGCUGGCCAGCGAGCCCAGUGACACACAGGUGUGAAGUCAGACCCUCCACCAAGACUGGUCAAAAGGAUGAAUGAACGAUACCCAGAGUACCCAGAAUUCUCUGUUCUGAAUCAGCAAGAGGAAGCUAUGGAGUGUGUUGUGAACUGUCGAUCCUAAUCCUGUACAGUAAUUAGGCCUGCCUCGCCUCCCGUGUGUCUUUCAGAUGGCAUCGCUUUAAAUGGAAUCCAGCUAUGCAGCAUUCUCAUCAGCUUCCUUUUCCACCACUUUCUCAAUCUGCUCUUUUUUGUUGGCAUGUUUCAUCUUAAAAAGCAUUGCCUUGUUUUGAAUCAAAUCCUUUUUUUUACUUUAUUUGUGCACUUUGAACAGAUGAAAAAAAAGAAAAAAAUCAGUGUUUCUAAGUCUGUUUCCUGUGACCGAGACAAAAAGCGGUCUCUAAACUUAAAUAGGCGAAGAAAAACAAUCACUACUUCAUUUUCUUUAUUCUCUUCCUUUGCUGUAUAAAGCAAUAUGCGGACAAGCUCUGUAAAAAGCAUUGACGUCUUAAAGACGGAACAAAACUAAACCCUUUUUUUAAUUAUUAUUAUUUUCUUGAUUUGUAUGCAAUACCAAUUAAUGACUUUUGACACUAUGUACCCUUUUUUUGCAUCAUACUUAUUAAUUGUGCAAUAGGAUGUAGAUUUUAGAUGCUUUCAGUGUUUUCCCAUUAUUAUUAUUUUUUCGGCUGUUUUAACUCAUUAUUUUUAUGUUAAUCUCUGUUGCACUUAUGAAUUGUCACAAUCGUUUUGUAAACAAUCCACCACACACUACAACCCCCUACCCCCAAACCCCACGUCCACCCACUAAUCUCAAGAGAUGAAAAUGGAUGCAAUCCUCUCUUUCUCUUCGACUCGGGGCUAUCUCUUUUUCUUUUGCGGGGGGGGGGACUGGCACAAACGCUAGCAAUCACUUUUUAGCGGACUGGAUCAGUUGGUUCUCAUGGAACCUGAAUGCACAGCUACAUGAGGACUAUGCGCAAUCUGUGGUGUUUUAAUACAACAAUCAACCAGAGUCAAGCCUAUGGAGUGAUCUGUUACAGGGGACAGCUCAAGUCACUGUACCGCCAUCACCUGACCUCACUGUGGACUGCACCCAGCUGAUUUUGGACCUGGAAGACCAGAAACAAUAAAAAGCCUGUGUCCUGUUGCUUUGUGUUUUUGAAAUCAAGACAGGUGAGACGAAACUAGCAAAAAACCAACAACACUGAAGCACGCUGGAUAUCGUUUUUUCUGCUUCUUGUCGACUCAUCCCUUGAUGUUGGAAUGGCUGACCCACCGCGUGAGAGCACGCACAAGUUUCUUUACUUUGGGAAUCAUUAAGGCCUGGCGCUGUACAGGCGUGCUUAAAUGUCACCGUGCUCAUUCUGUACUUUCAGUGCUGCUUCAGGGCAUAAGACAAGUUCUCAUUUAUGGGUUUUUGUAAGUUGUAAUUUGUAUAAAAAAAAGCAACAAACAAGCGUAUGUGUAUUGCAUUAAUAUUUGCAUCAUUUUUAUGGAAUUCUGUUGUGCAUUCAAUGGACACGGCCUUUGAUUCCAUUACUAUGCGUCUUGCUUGGUACAGUUUCUGUAAACAUUUUCAAGUCGGUAUGAACGAAAAUCUCAAUAAAUGUAUGAAAUAAUAGUUGGGUAUAUAUGUUGAGGACUUUACUUCAAGGUGUCAGGCCUUUUUU